GCAAAGCAUCUCGGGAGAUGUCUGUCCGCUGGGCGCCAUAUUGGAGCAACAACUAUUGUUAUAAAUUGAGACGGGGCUGCUGCUGGCUGAGUUUACAUGUUUUCUGCGCGUUUGUUCUGAAAAUAUUUGGACAUUUCUACGCAAGGUCAUGAAAGAGAUGUCAACAAUUGGUAACAGUACGCUUGGCGGGCAGCAGCCUCGGAAACAUUAUGGCAUCACAUCUUCUAUCAGUCUGGCUUACCCCAGAGAGAUAGACCAUAUCUACACUCAGAAGCUCACAGAGGCUAUGAAACCAUUUGGAGUGUUUGAGGGUGAAGAUGAGCUCAAUCACAGGCUUGCAGUUCUUGGGAAGCUGAAUUCAUUUGUGAAGGAGUGGAUUGCAGAGAUCAGUGAAUCAAAGAAUCUUCCCCCAUCAGCAGUGGUGAAUGUUGGUGGCAAAAUCUUUACUUUUGGGUCAUAUAGGUUGGGAGUUCACACAAAAGGUGCUGAUAUAGAUGCUUUGUGUGUUGCCCCUCGUCAUGUUGAAAGGAUUGACUUUUUUUCAUCCUUCUUUGAAAAACUAAAAAGGCAUGAUGAGAUCAAGGAUCUACGGGCUGUGGAGGAUGCAUUUGUACCGGUGAUCAAAUUCAAGUUUGAUGGCAUUGAGAUUGAUCUGCUGUUUGCAAGGCUCGCUCUGCAGUCUAUUCCAGAUAACCUGGACCUGAGAGGAGACUCUCUCCUCAGAAACCUGGACAUCAGAUGUAUUCGCAGUCUAAACGGUUGUCGUGUUACUGAUGAGAUUUUGUAUUUGGUGCCUAAUAAAGAGAAUUUCAGGUUGACGUUGAGAGCCAUUAAAUUGUGGGCUAAACGACGUGGAAUCUAUUCCAACAUGCUAGGAUUUCUGGGUGGAGUUUCCUGGGCUAUGCUGGUGGCCAGAACAUGUCAGCUGUACCCAAAUGCUGUCGCUGCCACACUCGUGCACAAGUUCUUUCUGGUCUUCUCUAAAUGGGAAUGGCCGAACCCUGUGCUUUUAAAACAGCCUGAGGACAGCAAUUUAAAUCUACCAGUGUGGGACCCACGGGUGAAUCCAUCAGACAGGUACCAUCUGAUGCCAAUCAUCACUCCUGCUUACCCACAACAGAACUCUACCUACAACGUGUCCACUUCAACACGCACCAUCAUGAAUGAAGAGUUUAAGAAUGGUCUCACUGUUACAGAUGAAAUUCUUCAGGGUAAGGCUGAUUGGUCCAAGUUGUUUGAACCACCCAACUUUUUCCAGAAGUACAAGCAUUACAUUGUCCUCACUGCCAGGGCAUCCACUGAGGAAAACCACCUAGAAUGGAUUGGACUGGUGGAAUCAAAGAUAAGAGUGUUAGUUGGAAAUUUGGAGCGCAAUGAGUACAUCACUCUUGCCCAUGUGAACCCACAGUCUUUUCCUGGGUCAAAAGAGAACCAAAACGAGAAUGAAUUUGUGUCCAUGUGGUUUAUUGGAAUCAACUUCAAAAAACUGGAUAAUUCUGACUGUGUGAAUAUUGACUUGACUUACGACAUUCAGUCCUUCACAGACACUGUUUAUAGGCAGGCUAGCAAUAUCAACAUGUUGAAGGAUGGCAUGACCAUUGAGGCCACACAUGUGAAGAAGAAACAGUUGCACCAUUACCUGCCUCCUGAAAUUGUUCAGAGGAAGAAGAAGAGUUUGGGAGAUAUAAACCGUAGUUCAAAUGGUGGUGGGUCAAAGCGCUGCUCACUGGAUAGCAGUCAGCUGGACAGCUCCAGGGACACAGACACGAGCACCCCAUUCAGCUCACCUACACCAGUCAUCAAACCAUGUCAGUCAAUCUCCACACCUGAAGACAGUAUUAGCCCACCCAAGAAUUCAGUCAUUGUUUUUAUGGACGGCUCCCCAGCAUCAGAUCCAUCUCCUCCGAAACCAGAACAGGGCAUGUCCAUUCCAGUCAUCGGCUCCAAGCCCGUGGCCACUCCAGUUGCCAAGCUUACAGAACUCCCCACUGGCAACACCAUUCCCACAGUGGUGGGCCGCAGUGUGAUAUCACGUGUGACCUCACCCUCCUUUAGCCCCACUGAACUGCCCAACAGCUUAAAUGGAAUUGCACCAAAGAGACCUCACUCUCCAUCUCUAGAGGAGCCACCUAAGAAACACAAAGAUAUAGAGAUGUUCUCUGAUGACUCUGCGUUUAAAGAGCCGUACCCUCUGACUAGCAAUGGCCUGGAAAGGGGAGAUGGGCCAACAGUGGAGGGUCUUGUCGUAACACAACCUAUGCCCAUACCAACAAUUGACACAUCAAGGACACAGAGACUACCCAGUAAAGAGCUUCCAGAUGCAUCUUCACCAGUCCCCACCACAAGCAACCUCCGUGUGAUUAAAAAUUCUAUCAGGCUCACACUUAACCGAUAGCAGUAUG